AUGAGUUCAGAAUCGGCCAUUCUGUUGGAGACUGUCAACUUCGCUGCUGAAAAGCACCGCAAUCAACGACGUAAAGACGCUGAAAAAACCCCAUAUAUCACCCACCCAAUAGGUAUAGUUGUGACAACACUCUUAACAGAAGCUAGCUAGCCAGCUAGAUAGGUCCUUAGCAAUAACUCUCUCUCUACUCGGACUUCAGUGCAUGGAUAUCUGCAUUUACAUUUGCCGUGUUUACAAUUUUGCAGGAGUGGCAAGGAUCCUAAGCCAUGAAGGUGGGAUCACAGACAUUGAAGUUUUGCAAGUAAGUGUUUUAUGUUUCAGACCGACUCAAAAGACCGGUUUCCACAAGAUGGCACAGCCACAAAGUCAAAAUUGGCUAUGUCAUAAAAAUGUAUUAAACAUUUUGUUGCUUUUUGGCCUUGAUUUAAGGUUAGGGUUAGGCAUAAGAUUAGCAGUGUGGUUAAGGCUUGGUUUAAAAUAUAAUUUAAAGAAAAUACAUUGUAGAAAUAGGCGGGGUUUAUGACUUUGGCUGUGGUAACCAGUGAAGACUCCCAAAAUGCCCUCAAAAGUAUGUGGACGCCCCUUAAAAUGUGUGUAUUCGGCUAUUUCAGCCUAUCCCGUUGUUGACAGGUGUAUAGAAUCAAGCGCACACAGCCAUGCAAUCUCCAUAGACAAACAUUGGCAGUAGAAUGGCCUAACUGAAGAGCUCAGUGACUUUCAACGUGUCACUGUCAUAGGAUGCCACCUUUCCAACAAGUCAGUUCGUCAAAUUUCUGCCCUGCUAGAGCUGCCCCGGUCAACUGUAAGUGCUGUUAUUGUGAAGUGGAAAUGUCUAGGAGCAACAACGGCCCAGCCGCGAAGUGGUAGUCUGUCCUCAGUUGCAACACUCACUACCGAGUUCCAAACUGCCUCUGGAAGCAACGUCAGCACAUGAACUGUUCGUUGGGUGCUUAAUGAAAUGGGUUUCCAUGGCCGAGCAGCCACACACAAGUCUAAGAUCACCAUGCGCAAUGCCAAGCAUCGGCUGGAGUGGUGUAAAGCUCACCACCAUUGGACUCUGGAGCAGUGGAAACGCGUUCUCUGGAUUGAUGAAUCACGCUUCACCAUCUGGCAGUCCGACGGACGAAUCUAGGUUUGGCAGAUGCCAGGAGAACGCUACCUGCCCCAAUGUAUAGUGCCAACUGUAAAGUCUGGUGGUGGAGGAGGAAUAAUGGUCUGGGGCUGUUUUUCAUGGUUCGGGCUAGGCCCCUUAGUGUAUGGGUGGUCCUCUGUAGCUCAGCUGGUAGAGCACGGCGCUUGUAACGCCAGGGUAGUGGGUUCGAUCCCCUGGACCACCCAUACACAAAAAUGUAUGCACGCAUGACUGUAAGUCGCUUUGGAUAAAAGCGUCUGCUAAGUGGCAUAUUAUUAUUAUUAUUAUUAUUAUUAUUAUUAUUCCAGUAAAGGGAAAUCUUAAUGCUAAAGCAUACAAUUAUAUUUUAGAUGAUUCUGUGCUUCCAACUUUGUUGCAACAGCUUGGGGAAGGCCUGUUCCUGUUUCAGCAUGACAAUAACCCUGUGCACAAAGCGAGGUCCAUACAGAAAUGGUUUGUUGAGAUUGGUGUGGAAGAACUUGACUGGCCUGCACAGAGCCCUGACCUCAACCCCAUCGUAUACCUUUGUGAUGAAUUGGAACGCUGACUGCGAGCCAGGCCUAAUCGCCCAACAUCAGUGCCUUACCUCACUAAUGCUCUUGUGGCUGAAUGGAAGCAAGUCCCCACAACAAUGGUUCCAACAUCUAGUGGCAAGCCUUCCCAGAAGAGUGGAGGCUGUUAUAGCAGCAAAGGGGGGACCAACUCCAUAUUAAUGUUCCAUGAUUAUGGAAUGAGGUGUUCGACGAGCAGGUGUCCACAUACUUUUCUUCAUGUAGUGUACUUGUUCAUGGAGGGCAACAUUCUAAAUCGUAAAUUAAAUUUAUAUGAUUAAGUAUUGACAGUCAAUGGGCAAUGUUAAGCUCAUUAAAGCAUUCAACGUUUGUGUUAACAAUAGUUUGUGUUAACAGGAAUGAAUGGUUUUUCACUGAUAUUUGUGUAUUUUCCAACUGUCUGCAGGCAGCUUUGCUCCAUGACACAGUGGAGGACACUGACACCAGCAUAGGAGAGCUACAGGCUGUCUUUGGGCAAACGGUGGCACGGCUUGUCCAGGAAGUGACAGACGACAAGGCGCUGUCCAAGGAGGAGACAAAGCGUCAGCAGGUGGAGUACGCACCUCACGCCAGCCACCAGGCCAAAUUGGUCAAACUGGCUGACAAACUGUACAACCUAAGGGACAUCAACCGCUGCACACCCACAGGUGAUUGUUUUUCUCUCUCUUUUUUCUCUGUCUUUAUUCAGCCAUCUUGAUCCAACCAACUGACUAGGCAAAUGGCAUGUCAUAGGCUAGACGCAAUGAACUGAUACCCUAGCAGGACACUACUCUUUCCUCUUCCUCUCUUUCUUUAUCUCUUUCUCUCUCUGGCUUGUUGCUUCUCUUCACUUGCUUCCCUCUCUGGUUGUCUGACUGUCCCUCUCUUUACCCCAAGCCCAUAUCUUAUAUUUCUUCUGUGUUGUGGUUGCCAGGUUGGACAGCAGAGCGUGUUCAGGAGUACUUUGUGUGGGCAGCCCAGGUAGUGAGAGGGCUAAGGGGGACCAACCCAGCACUGGAGGGACACCUAGAGGAGCUCUUCAAACAGAGGGGGAUCGAGCUUUGA